AUGGCUGCCACCAGGCGAAACGCACAAUUAAGGCAAGACAGUGAAAAUCAACAGCCAAAAAGGAACAUUAAUGUCUCGGGUAUUGAGAAACUGAAGGGACCUGAAAAUUGGAAAGCCUGGAAGUUUCUCGUGAAGAUUUAUCUCAGGCAGGGCGAGAUGCAACAAUGCUUGGAAGCAUUGCCGCCACAAAACGUGCGCGACCAACCCCAGGCAGAAGAAAUGAUCGACGACCGGGAUGCUCACAGCAUAAUAGUGACCACGCUGGACCCAGCCGUACUCGUCCACGUCCUGGACACCAAUUACGCCAAGGAGGCAUGGGACGCCCUCGUCUCAGUGUAUGAGGACAAGGGCGUCCACCGCCGAAUAAAUCUGGUGUAUGAGCUUUUCGAGAUCAAGCACCACAGCUUCUCUUCUCUCCGCGAGUAUGUCAUGGCGGUGAAGGAAGCUGUCUCCUCCAUCGCCGUGACCGGGAAGCCGAUCGAAGAUGAGAUGGCCGCGAUUCUGCUGCUGCGGAAUUUGCGACCAGAGAUGCGCCAGCUCCGCCAGCUCAUCGAAAGGACGGCUGCCGUGGUGUUGCCGGGCGAGGAGGAGCCGACGCUCCAAUUCGCCACCGUGGUGGAUGAACUCCUAAAGGAGGCUCGGGUUGAGGAGACAGACGCCGCCAAAAAGGGACACCACAAGGUGUUCAAAUUCACCGGUUCUUCCCGCCAAGAUGGAGGACACAACAUGGCGGCCUCCAGAGGGCGACACCAGUCACGAGGACGCGGCGGCCGUGGUGGCUUCGUGAAGAAGGCGGAGGCCGGCCAUCAAUAUCAAAACAAGCAACAGCAGACGACGCAGACACAAUGCUACAUCUGUGAGAAGACAAACCACCCAACCAGCAGAUGCUUCAAAGGACCAUUUCCACAGUGUCCACAUUGUCAGCGGACAAAUCAUGAUCAGAAGGACUGCCAUUUCAAGAAGGACAGUGAAAGUGUUAAUCAACCAAAAAGGUUUAAAAUAUCUGAUAGUGACAAUGGUCCCAAAGGGCCCCGCAGCUGGGUUGUGAAGAAGACUGUGGCAAACAUGGCCAAAGCUGGCUGUAGUAGUACUAGUAAUAAUAUUGUUGUGCAGGAUAAUGGAAAUAAAGAUUAUGAAAUGUAUAUUGAUAGUGCUUGUUCUAAAACCAUGACAGGUGACCUGCGCAGUUUGCAAAACUUCUGUGAAAUUAAUAGGGAACCUGUUAUGUGUGCUGCCGGGCAAACACUUUACACCAAAGGAAAAGGUGACAUAAAAUUAAUUGCUAAUAAUGAUAUUGGGCUUGAAGAAAUCAGUAGUGUGACAUAUGUGCCUGGGUUAACCUCCAACUUACUUUCAGUGGCUAGUAUAUCUAAAUCUGGUCUGGUAACAGUUUUUCGAAACAACACUUGUGAGAUUUUUGAAUCCAAAAAUAUUCAUACCCUUGGUGCACCUCUUCUCAAAACGGAGGAGGUAAAUGGCACGUACAUUUUUAAAUUUAAAAUUGAACAAGCCAAGACUAACUUCAUUUUUCAAACCAGAAGCACAUUAAACUCAGAAAAUUUAGAGCUAUGGCAUCACAGACUGGCACACAUUAAUGAAGAUUAUAUUAAGCAAAUGAUAAACAAUGAUCUUGUAGAUGGUAUUUCUGAAAAACAGGAAUCAAAAAAUUGUGACACUUGUGACAAAUCAAAACAGGUCAGAGCCUCCUUCCGAAGUAAAGGUGCUAGGAGGGCUGAUGACAUCAUUAAAAUUAUCCAUUCAGACGUAUGUCAAGUAACUGAUGGUCCCUCCUGGAAUAAUUACAAAUAUUUUGUUACAUUUAUAGAUGAUUGUACAAGGUACACGAUGGUAGCAAUGUUAAAAUCAAAAGACGAAGUACUUGAAAAAUUCAUUGAUUUCAAAAACAUGGUGGAAAAUUUUACAGAAAAGAAUGUAAAGAUACUCAGAUCAGACAAUGGAGGUGAAUAUUGUAGCAAUGAGUUUAAAGACUAUCUGAGAAGGGAAGGGAUCAUCAGACAGUUUUCUUGUCCAGAAACACCCGAGCAAAACGGAGUGGCUGAGAGGGCAAAUAGAAUACUGAUGGAAAAGGUAAGGGCACUCCUAAAAAUGGCAGGCCUACCAAAUAGAUAUUGGACAGAAGCCUUGUCCCUGGCUGUGUACAUAAAAAAUGUUACACCCACAAGGGCAUUAGAAGGCAUGGUCCCUCAACAUGCGUGGACAGGGGAAAAACCAUCCAUUGACCAACUCAGGGUUUUUGGUUGCCUCGCAAAUGCGCAUGUAUCAGGAAAUGGAAAGCUGGGAGAUAGAAGUAAAAAUUGCAUAUUUGUUGGUUUAGAUGAUGAGAGAAAGGGCUUUAAACUACUGGACAUGGAAUCUAGAAAAAUAUUCACAACUGCCAGUGUCAAAUUCUAUGAAAAUAUCUUCCCAGCUAAAGAAAACCAACCAAUUACAACACCUGAAAAACAGGAGAACUCUAAAAAUGAAGUUCAACCAAUAAAAGAAAAACAAACUGAACCGACAGAGACAGCUGUCCAACCAGAAUCUUUCUGGAAUGCACAUACAUCCACAAAUUUGCCCAGGGAAACAGACCCAGCGGCACAAAUCUUUGCAACAGAAAAAGAGUCGGGAAAUCCUGACAUUGCAACAGUCAGUAGGGAAAUGGGAAAGAGGAAAAGGAAACCCAAAGAGUUCCCAGGUUUCGUUGCAUAUGGUAUAGGUGAAGUGAAUGAAGAAACUGAUCUUCACACUGAACCAUCAACCUUUUUCAUUCCUAAAGAUUUCAAUGAGGCAAUGAACUGCACAGAAAGUGAUCAUUGGCUCGAGGCAAUGAUAGAUGAAAUAGGCUCAUUCGAGAAAAACUCAGUAUGGGAACUGGUGCCUCUACCCACUGGAGCCAAAGUUGUUGGCAACAGAUGGGUCUACCGCAGAAAAACGGAUAAGGAUGGCAAUACAAUAUACAGAGCUAGGUUAGUUGCAAAAGGAUACACCCAAGUUCAUGGAAUAGACUAUCAUGAGACCUUUGCACCUGUGAUCAGGAGGAGUGUUUUGAGGAUGUUAUUCUCAGUGGCAGUAAAUUUCAAUCUAAAAAUAGAUCAUUUGGAUGUAAAAACAGCUUUCUUGUAUGGUGAUUUGUCAGAGGAUGUUUUCAUGUGCCAACCUGAGGGUUUCUCUGUAGAAGGCUCAGAAAGCCAUGUAUGUCAACUUAAAAAGGCAAUGUACGGCUUAAAACAGGCCGCUCGAAGCUGGUAUCAAAAGGCAGAUAAGGUCUUGAAGAAACUGAAAUUCAAGAACUUCCCUGAUGAACCGUGUGUUUAUAUUAAGAGUACAAAGACUAGUGUAAUCAUGGUAGCUCUAUAUGUGGAUGAUUUCUUUGUAAUUUAUAACUUAACAAAAGACAAGAAUGAAUUGUUAACUGCAUUGCAGCUAGAAUUCGAAAUUAAGGACCUGGGAGAAGCCCAGAAUUGUCUUGGAAUGAAGAUUGAAAGGGACUGGAAUGCAGGCACCCUGAAACUUCACCAAGAAAACUAUAUAGAAUCAAUACUUGCUGAAUAUGGAAUGGCAGAUUGUCAUGUAAAAUAUACACCAAUGGAUGGAAGGCCUGUGUUUCCAAAGACUGGAAAUUUAAAAGACGAAAAAGUCUCGUCAGACGAUACUGUUGCAAAGAAAGGAAAAAGAAAGAAGGCUGCAAGUGAAAGAACUGAUCAGCAAAUCCCUGCUAAACUGCGGAAAGGAAAGGUUGGAGAAAGGGAAAACCCCUUACCAUACCGAGAGCUAAUUGGGUGCCUUCUAUACUUGAGUACGAACACAAGACCAGAUAUAGCCUACACAGUGAGCUAUCUGAGUCAGUUUAACUCAAAUUACACUGAAGUGCACUACGCAUUGGCCAUGAGAGUCCUGAGAUACCUCAAACAUACAAAAAGCAUGGGACUGACAUACCACAGGAGUCAAAAUCCAACAUUCUGCAUAACAGGGUAUGCUGAUGCUGACUUUGCAGGAGACGAAACAGACUACAAAUCUCACAGUGGUUAUCUGUUUACCUUGGACGGAAACUUGAUCACAUGGGAAAGCAAAAAGCAGGGAUUAAUAGCGUUGUCGUCAACAGAGUCAGAAUAUAUCUCAGUGACUGAGGCUACAAGAGAAGCACUAUAUCUUAAUGAACUAAUUGAAGAAAUGUUCAAUUGUGGAGAGCAGACUGUGACCAUUUUUAAUGAUAAUCAGAGUGCUUUGGAAACAGCGUACUCACAAAACUUCAGUACCAGGACCAAGCAUUUUGGAGUACGAAAACAGUAUGUAAGGGACUGUGUGCAACGUGGAAGUAUUGAGCUUCAAUACAUGCCUUCCAGGCUCAUGCCUGCUGAUGUGUUAACAAAACCUUUAGUUAGAAUACUGCAUGAAGACUGUUGUAAAUAUUUAAAAAUGUCUUCGGAUUGA